CUUCUAGCAAUACACAAGCACAAAGUAUCACACCACUUAGUAAGCAUGGCUCAAGUGGGUAAUUCUCUCUCAGCUGAAAUGGAAACACUGAAUCAUGUUCUGUCAUUAGUAGAGGCAUUCAGAGCUUUCGACGCAGACAACGAUGGGUUCAUUACAGAUGCGGAACUAGGCGGAAUCCUGGGGUCAGUUGGGUACAAUGCUAGUGAACAAGAAGUGAAGGCAAUGAUGAAACAAGGGGACAAGAACAAGGAUGGGCUAUUGAGUAUAAAUGAGUUCUUGGAGAUGAACACAAAGGAUUUGGAGACUGGGAAUCUUGCAAAUGUUCUCAGCACAGCAUUUGAAGCGUUGGAUGAAGAUGGGAACGAAAGUUUGACUGGGGAAGACCUACAUGAGGUGAUGGAGAAUUUGGGUCUAGAGUUGUCACUAGAAAAGUGUCACAAUAUUGUUACUUCUCUUGAUUUGGAUGGAGAUGGAGCUGUGAGCUUGGAUGAAUUCCGGGUCAUAGUCGAUUCCCUCCGAGAUAUAUAGCCACUUGUGGUUUAUGGUUUAUGUUAUGAUCAAUAAUCAUAUAUGUAUAAUGUAUACGCUUAGAGAAUUGUAUUUUCAUAUAUAAUUAAUUAAGGAAUAAGGAAAGAGUUUGUACCCAAAUUAAAAAAAAAAAGGAAUAAGAAUACUCCUUCCAUUCUAUAUUCCUGUAACUGUAUAUCAGAAAUUGCUUUUGUUUUAUCUCAUGUAAAAAA